AUGCAGGCGACCAUGCCCGCCGGCGAACACCCCGUGACAACCGAGGCGACCUCAGCUGCCGCCGCCACUCGCACCGCCGACCACCGCGCUAACAAGCCCGAAAACGCCACCAAGCGGGACCGCAGCCAACGGCCGCCAAAGCGCCACAUACUCGACUGCACGGCCGGCGGCUGCCCGCAGACGUUCCGCCACGAGGACCCCAAGAAGGCGCGCAUCGGGCUCAUGAGCCACCUGCUGCGGGUACAAGAAGGAGUGGCUGGCGCGUGGACGGUGGUGGUAGGGACGACGGAGGAGAAGAGGAGACUGAGGGAUGAGAGGGGUAGGAGCAGGGCGGAGGAGAAGGCGAGGUAUGCGAGGUUUUUGGAGAGGUUGGAGGAGGAAGGAUUGCGGAAGAAGGCUGCGGGGGGAGGUGGGUGA